AUGGAUGAGUGCUGUACUUUGAUAGAGGUGGUAACAUCACUCAGCGCCUUUCCCUUUGACAUUUUAGGAGGAAGAGAUGGGAGUGAUGAUGGUGAGGUUUGCCUUGGAGCCAAGAGGGAAGAAGGAGGAGAAGAUGUGACUAAUGAUAAUCUCUAUACAACCUAUGAUGAGGAAAACCUGGCUGAAUGUAUUAUUGAGUUUUUUGGAGCUGGAACUGAGACAACAGCUGUGACCCUGAAGUGGGCAAUACUUCUGAUGGCAGUUCACCCAGAAAUCCAAGGUAAAAUCCAGAAGGAGAUCGAAGAUGUUUUUGAUGCUUCUUGCUCUAUCUGCUAUCAAGACCGGAAAAAACUGCCCUACACCAAUGCUGUGAUUCACGAGAUCCAGCGUGCAAAAUAUGCCUUUUUAUUGGGGGUUCCCAGACAAAAUGUGAAGGAUGUGACCAUACAUGGUUCAUUCAUUCCAAAGGGCACCUUUAUCAUGCCGGAUCUGCGCUCUGUUCUUCUUGAUCCCAAGCAAUGGGAGACCCCCAAAGAAUUCAACCCGCAACAUUUCUUGGACAAAGAUGGAAAAUUUUUGGCCAGAGAGGCGUUUCUUGCUUUUGGGGAAGGGGCUCGAGUGUGUUUGGGAGAGCAGCUAGCAAGAAUUGAACUCUUCAUCUUCUUCACAUGCUUGUUGAGGUCAUUCAGCUUCCAACUACCACCAGGAGUGAAAAAACUCAAUACGAACCCUGCGGUUGGGUUGACGAUGCACCCACGUCCUUAUAAACUCUGUGCUGUUCCCCGCUGCAACACAUCGUAGCCCUUAAAAU